GCUACCGGAGGGUGGAACUGGGACGUGCUGGGAGCCGCGGGCAGGACGAUCCCGGCAUGGAGGAGGAGAGCCCGGUAGGUGCCACCCGCUCUGCCCCCCGCGCUGAACGGGACACGGGCACCCCGGCCCGGCCCCCGCGCCAGGAGGAGGAAGAGGAAGAGGAGGAAGAGGAGGACGUGGCCGGGGACACCGAGGACAUCCCGCUGCUGGCAGGGGCGGCCCCGCGACAGCAGCGGCGACAGCAGCGGCACGCCAGGGAGGAUGAGGACGGCUGGGAGGCCACUGCCACUGUCCCCACCGUCACCGCCGCCAGCCCGGACGCGCGCAGCCCGGAUCUCUUCGAGCGCCUGCAGCACGCCGUGAGCUCCCUGGAGCGCGCCGCCUUCUCCCGCCACCGGCAGCCCCCGCGUGGCCCGCCGCCCGCCCCGCCUGGCACCCGGGCGCUCCAGGUGAGCCUACACGCCCGCCGCGCCGGACACCGGGCUGGCGCGCGCUGCUGGCGGAGGCGGCGGCCGGGGCUACGGAGGGGGGCGGCGGCGGCGGCGGCGAGGAACGCGAGCCUGCGGGCAGCCCUGGGCCAGCGGGACGAGGAGCUGGGCCAGGCCACGGCGGCGCUGCGGGCGCUGCGGGGCGAGCGGGAGCGCCUGCAGGGCAAGGUGCGGGACCUGCGGGAGGCGCUGGCCAGGCUGGAGGAGGCGGGGGAGUCCGGUAGUGACACUCCCGGGGUUGGUGACGCAGCCGGGACCGGUGACACGUCCGGAGUUGGUGACACCCCCGGGAACGGUGACAUCCCUGGAGUCGGUGACACUCCCGGGAACGGUGACACCCCCGGGCCCAGCAGCCCCCCGGGGCACCGGCCCCGCGCCCCGCUGUCCCCCCAGCCCUCGGCGGGACCCGGCCGGGAGCAGGAGGAGCGGCUGCAGCAGCUGCAGGGGGCGCUGGCGCGGCUGCAGGAGGCGAACCGGGAGCUGCUGGCGGCGCUGGGCGAGUGCAAGGGCGAGGCGGAGCGGCUGAGCAUGGAGCUGGGCAGGCGGGAGGCGCGCUGCAGCGGGCUGCGGCUGGCGCUGAGCUGCAGCGAGCGCUGCGGGGGCGCCUAUGCCGCCCUCCUGGACCUGGUGAGGGCAAAGAUGGCACCGGAGGGUGGCACCCGAGGGGGAACCGCGGCGGAACUGAGCCCGGGCAGCGAACGGGGACCCGGCCCCGCCACACCGGAACCGAGCCCGGGCAGCGAACGGGGACCCGGCCCCGCCACACCGGAGCCAGCGGAGCCGGACAGCCGUGAGGACCCCGCGGACAGCCCGGGGGCUCACAGCCCCGGGCGAUGGAGAAGGAGGAGGGAGCGCUGCGGGAGCUCAUCCGGCGGCUCCGCGCCGAGCAGGCGGCGGUGCAGGGGUCCCUGCUGGACGCCGCCGAGCCCUCGGAGCCCCCGGGAGCGCGACCCCCCGGGGCCGGGCGGAGCGGGCGCUGCGGGAAGCGCGGGCGCUGCUGCCCGGCUGGAGGCGGCCGGAGAAGGAGGAGCUGCUGCAGGAGCUGGAGGUGCUCAAGGAGGCGCUGGCGGAGCUGCGGACGCGGCUGCAGCUGGCUCAGAAGGAGAAGCGAGCGCUGGAGCUGCUGCUGGCCGCGCACGGGCCCCGCGAGGCCGCGCUGCGCCUCCUGCUGCGGGAACGGGAGCGGGAGCGGCACCGGGAGCGGCACCGGGACCGGGAACGGGAGUGGGAACGGGACCGAGCCUCCGGCAGCAGCUCCGGCAGCAGCUCCGGCAGCAGCUCCGAGGAGGAGGCGCGGAUGGGGCGGGGGGCAGCGAUGGCCCCGGGGAACCCCCCGGACCCCGAGAGAACAAGGGAGGAGCUGCUCCGGAUCCUGGCCAGGACGGAGCAGCUGCGUGGCCGUGCCCGGGAGCUGGCGCUGGCCCUGGAGCGGGGCAGCGCUGCCAGCCGCGCCCAGCAGGGGCACAGCGCCACCGUCACCCUGGAGCUCCUGCAGGCGCACAGCUCGCUGGCCCUGGCGUACCGCGGGGCGCGGCGCAAGCAGGCGGAGCAGCUGCGGCGGCUGCGGGCGCGGGCGGCGGCGCUGCGGGGCCAGCACGGCCGCAGGGAGCGAGCGCUGGCCCGGACACUGCGGGAGCUGGAGCGAGGAGGAGGAGAGACCUGCAUCUAGGGAGCCCCGGAAAUCCGUGGGGAGACUCGGAAAUCCGUGGGGAAACACGGAAAUUCGUGGGGAAAUUCGGAAACUCAUGGGGAGCCCCGGAAGUUCAUGGGGAGACUCGGAAAUUCGCGGGGAAAUUUGGAAAUCUGUGGGGAGACUCGGAAAUGCCUGGGGAGACUCAGAAAUUCGUGGGGAGAUUCAGAAAUCCCUGGGGAGACUCAGAAAUCUGUGGGGAAAUUUGGAAAUCCCUGGGGAUACUCGGAAUCCCUGGGGAGCCCCGGAAAUUCGUGGGGAGACUCAGAAAUUCUUGGGGAGACUCGGAAAUUCGUGAGGAUACUCGGAAAUCCAUGGGGAAAUCUAGAAAUUCUGUGGGGAAACUCGGAAAUCUGUGGGGAGACUUGGAAAUCCCUGGGGAAAUUGGGAAAUUCGUGGGGAUACUCGGAAAUUCAUGGGGAAAUUAGGAAAUUCGUGGGAAGACUCGGAAAUUCAUGGGGAGACUCAGAAAUCUGUAGGGAGAUUCGGAAAUCCCUGGGGAAAUUCGGAAAUUCUGUGGGGAGACUCGGAAAUUCUGUGGGGUUACUGGGAAAUUCUGUGGGGAAACUUGGAAAUUCUGUGGGGAAAUGCGGAGAUCUGUGGGGAAAUUCGUAAAUUCGUGGGGAGACUCAGAAAUCCCUGGGGAGACUCUGAAAUUCGUGGAGAAAUUUGGAAAUUUGUGGGGAGACUCAGAAAUCCAUUGGGGAAACUCAGAAAUCCAUGGGGAAACCCGGAAAUCCAUGGGGAAAUA